AUGAAAUGCCUUGAAGGGCCAGGCAAGUCAUGUGGCCUCUCAGCUCCUGCAGAAGACCUGGUGUCUGCUUCCCAAUUGGAGAAAGAGAAUGAAGACGCAGAGGAGAAGGAGGAGGAUGAGGAUCUGGACACAGAUUCAGAUCUGGCCCCAGACCCAGAGGAGGAAGAGAAUGAUCUUGGGGAUCCAGCUGUAUUCAGCACUGUCCAUAACACCCAGACAGGUCUGCCAAGCUCCCCUGGAGUCAAGACCCCUGGUGUCUCAGGGAUGCCACCCGCUCCCUUGCACUUCCUGUGGCAGACCCUGGACUACCUGUCGCCAAUCCCUUUCUGGUCUACGCUUCCCAGCGCCAGCUCUCCAGUACAACACUUUGGAUCUCAACUGUCCUCGCCAGACCCAUCUCUCUCCUGCAGUCUGCCGACCUCAUGGCCCCCUGGGUUCAGUCAUCUGACCCAGCUGCACCCUCAGCACCAACGGAUCUUGCAGCUGCAGCAGAAGCAGCGGCAGCAUAGUCGAACACCAAGUUCCUCAGCUAAGAAGCCUUGGUCUCAGCAGCCAGACCCCUAUGCUAACCUCAUGACCCAAAAAGAGAAGGACUGGGUGAUAAAAGUGCAGAUGGUUCAGCUGCAGAGUGAGAACCCUCGCCUGGAUGACUAUUACUACCAGAAAUAUUAUCAGAAACUAGAGAAGAAGGAGGCAGAUGAAGAGCUACUUGGACGAAGGAACAGGGUUGAGUCUCUCAAGCUGGUAACGCCUUACAUUCAGAAGGCAGAGGCUUAUGAGUCAGUGGUUCGAAUUGAGGGUUCUCUGGGCCAGGUAGCUGUAUCGACGUGUUUCAGCCCUCGCCGAGCUAUUGACGCUGUAUCCCAUGGAACUCAAGAUCAGGAUGCAGGAGCUGCAAGUAGUCAGAGGCUUCUGGUAUUACACCGGAUUGAGAAGAUGUUCCUUCAGUUACUAGAGGUAGAGGAGGGUCAGAAGGAUGGGUCGUCACAGCCCUGCUACUCUGAGCAGCAGCGCAACCAGACUGAGAAGCUUUUCCAGGCCUUAAAAACCCAGGAACAGAAUGACCUGGAGCAGGCAGCAGAUGGCUUCCUGCAGGUGCUCUUUGUGAGGAAGGGGAAAGCCUUGGUGGCCCGGCUGCUCCCCUUCCUGCCCCAGGAUAAGGCUGUUAGCCUUCUUCUGGCUAUCACCCACCAUCUGCCCCUCCUGGUCCGGAGUGAUAUGACUGACCAGGUGCUACAGAUGUUAUUCAAACCUCUGAGCAAAUGUAUCAGUCACUUGACCUUCCAUGAGCUCCUCCAAGGACUUCAGGGACUAACACUGCUACCACCUGGCUCCUCAGAGCGGCCAGUCACUGUGGUGCUUCAGAAUCAGUUCGGAAUAUCUUUGCUCUAUGCCCUGCUGAGUCACGGAGAGCAGCUGGUAUCCCUGAAUUCUUCCUCAGAGGGACCCAACAGUGACCAUACAGCUUGGACAAACAUGGUGGUUCUGAUUGCCUGGGAGAUAGCUCAAAUGCCUACAGCCUCUCUGGCAGAACCUCUAGCCUUCCCCAGCAACCUACUUUCCCUGUUCUGUCACCAUGUGGACAAACAAUUGGUUCAGCAGCUGGAGGCCAGGAUGGAGAUUGCCUGGAUCUGAUCUGUUUGUUUGGGACUAUAUGGGAAAUUUAAUCAUCAGACAUUAGCUGUAUGAAUUAUGUCUGAUCCAGAAAGUCUGAAGAUAUUUCUUUUUUUUUUU